GCAGGAAUUAUAUAAGGAUGGAGCUCUAUUGUUAGUGUAUGUGGUUUUCUCAAGAGAUCUGCACAGUGUUGGAGAAGAUGGGUCACAAGUGCUGGCCCCUCCAUCUGCUGCUUACUAUUUGUAUAUUACUGUGGAGUUCAGCAGGUGCGCAGGAGAUCCAUCAAAUAUCACCUAACAGUGGCGGCAUCAAUGGAGGAACAAGAGUGACCAUAAAGGGGGAAGGAUUUGCUCCAAACAGUCUAAAUGCAUCAGACCCAAAUGGGAACAGUGUGACUAUGGUGUCUCAGAUGAGAUCGAUUCCCUGUGAUAUCGAAAAAGACUCCAGUGACUCCAAACAGAUUGUGUGCUAUACAAGAGCUCUGCCAGAAGGUUCAUAUGGGGUGGUGGUCAGUGUGUAUGGUGUUCCUUCAGAUCACUUAUGUAAAAUCUGGUGGUAUGCAGAUUGCGGAUUCUAUUUCACCAGUACAUUAUAUUAUACACCUACCAUUCAAAGUCUUAGCCCACUUACAGGUCUUCCAGGUACUCUAGUGACAAUCCACGGGAACAUUAUGACUGAUGUUUAUGGAAGCAGUACCGCCAAAAGUUCAAAUGGGGAGAAUGCAAGAUUUGUGAGGGCAUACAUGGGUGGCAUGCCUUGUGAUCUACUGAAACCUAAUUCUGAUGAAAAGUACGGCUUAAAAUUGGACUACUGGUCUUCUUCUUCUGGAUACAUGAGUUGCAAAAUUACAGGAACUUAUGUUGGUCAUCACAACUUCAGUUACAUUCUGGAUGGUAGAUAUGGGAGGAGUCUUCCAGAUUUUGAGCUUUUCAGUGUUUCAGCACUGAACAAGCUUGCCAUGUUUCAGACAUAUGCAGAGGUGACAGGAGUUUCUCCGUCUGAAGGCAGCUUGCUAGGUGGCACAUCACUGACUAUUCAUGGACGUUACUUUGAUGAGACCGACCGACCAGCUGAGGUUUUAGUGGGAGGUCAUAAGUGUGAGAUUCAGAGCGUAUCAGAUGGGAAGAUAGUCUGUAAAACUCCUGGUUAUGAAAGGACCAACAUGACACUGUUUCCAGGCAGUAGAGGAUUAAAAAUGGAGAUGUGGAAUGACAGUAUUCCAAGUAAUCUAGAGGACGUUUUGGACUAUAAUGCCAGUAUGUCAGGUUAUUCUGUACAGUGGAUGGAUUCCCUGUCCUAUCUGUGGCCUUUUGAAAUGUAUAACGCUGUGGCUCGACUGAGUGGUUUCUUUGUUCCGACGGAAACGGACAACUACUAUUUUCUAAUCAAAGGAUACUCUAUAUGCCAGCUGUAUUUCAGCAAGACGGGUCUUCCACAGGAUAAGGUCAGGAUUGCAUAUCAGCAUGAAUUUACAUACUAUUUCGAGGACUCUGAAUCCCAAAAGUCAGAGGUCAUGCAUUUAGAGAAGGGAAAAAUAUACUACAUUGAAGUUCUAGUGCAGAAGAAUUAUUAUUAUCAAGCUUCAGUCGACGUAGGGUUUUACAAAGAGAUCAAUACUUUCACAGCCAGCCAGACUAAAGAAGCCAUCAAUGAGAAACAGCAAAUAAAUGCCAGCUAUGAUGUUUUACCUGAGAAACAGGUGAUUAGUUUUGAGGAAUGGACACCAGUGAGCGCCGUCCAAGAGAUGCAGACUUUGAGAAUCAGCAGUGACUGCUUUUCUCUGAACAUCUGUGAAAACACAUAUUAUAUUUUGGGAUAUGAAGAUCAUAAAACAGGGCCGAUUCCAGUCAGUGCAUCAGCGUUGGAGUUACAGAACGCUCUGAAUGAUUUGUGGACGAUUAAACCAGACAAUGUUACAGUCACAAAGCAAGAACUGAGCAUGGAGACACUUUACAAUGUGACAUUCAACUCAAACAGAGGUGACUUUAUGGAUCUUCAAUAUUGGACCAUGGGAUUAGAUGUAUACAUCACAGUUAAUGAAGAAGUUAAAGGGAAGGCCAGUCUGGAGAGUUUUACACUGAUGUGGGGUGGAGUCCCAUCACCUUCUAUGCCUUAUGAUGCAUCCGAGACUGAGGUGCUGGAUGCAAUAAAUGUGAUGCUCUCCGCAAAAUGUCCAUCUGAGAUUCCUUCUAGUGAGGAUGAUAAUGUGGUGUUUUUCAGAGAUUAUGAAGAUGGUGGAGCAGGCUUUCUCUCUUUCAACCAGAUUCCAGGAAACCUGGUCAGCGAUACUGAAGCGUUCUGUGGCCGUUGGUCUCUACAGAACCCAAGUACUCUAUACGACUACAAUCACUAUAUAUAUUCUGGACCAUCCUACAACCCAAUACCACUACAGACAUACAAUACUCUCUGCUUGGCCUACAAAGGCCAUCUGAAGAAUGAACUUGAAGUGUCAAUCAGAAACUACAACAGCGAUUAUGAUUAUUACCAGGAUGAGACUACACAAAUCUCUGUGCAGUUUGACUCUACAGAUGAGUGGAAAUACAAGUGUGUGGAUCUCCUGGAUUCCCUUCAGCAAAUAAUCACAGGCUCUGACCACAGACUCAUGUCGCUGAGUUUGAAUGGAGAGAGCGCUAACUCUGUUUACUACAUAGAUACUGUUCACAUUGGACGAGCAGCGACCGCUUUGGACCCUUAUGUUAUAUUGCAGAAAAGAGGCCCACCUGCUCUUGGCAGCUCAGGACCUUUCUUUUCCAACAUUGAUGUGCAAAAGCAAGUAAGCGAUUCAGGAGUCAGCUAUGAGAUCACAGCAUGGCCAUACUACUGUGGCUUUGGCAUCCCGUUGUUUGAAAUCGGCUUUCUGCAGAAAAUGCCAAACAGGACAGAAGAUUUAUUGAUUCAACGCCAGAACAAUGCCAUAGUGACCAUUACCCGGCUUCACAAAGCCAGCCCGCCACUUAAUGGAACCUUUGACGUUUCAUUCUUUGGUCGACGUGUUGAAGGUCUGCCAGUAAACAUCAGUGCUGCAGACCUUCAGUUCGCUCUACAGGGGAUUCCAGAGCUCGGUCAGCUGAACGUGCAGAAAUCUGGAGAUUGUAAGGGAUACAGUUGGGACAUCCGGUGGCUUACUGUCCCUGGCAAUCAGCCACUGUUAGAGAUUGAUUACUCUGGUGUGAUCGGCGUAAACCCCAAUGUGACGUCUCACAAAGUUGAGCAAGGAGGACUUCUCAAAGAAAAAAUUACAGGAGACUUUCUGCGCAUACCAACAGAUAAACCACAGGUGGAGGUUUUCAUUAACGGCAUCCCAUCGUGGUGUUCUGGUGACUGUGGUUUCACCUGGAGUGAAUCUAAGACACCAACAGUGACAGGAAUUUCUCCUACAAAAGGUUCUAGUGGUUUGUCAACUCUUCUUUACAUAACUGGAUCUGGAUUUGACAAUAGCAACGUCACUGUAAAGACUGGUGAUGUGGAAUGCUCUGUCCAAGAGGUCACCAACACCUAUGUGACCUGCAAGGUUGGUCCAGCAAGUGCUGGUAUACAACCAGUGUCUCUGAGUUUCUCUGGACUGGGCAAUGCCCAAUACCACAAUGGCAAUGGUUUUACCUUUACAAACCUGUUAGGAGUAACAUCCAUAUACCCCACUACAGGAAGUGUAGCAGGAGGGGCGAUUCUGACUGUAUUUGGUUAUGGAUUCGCUAAUGAUACAGCUGUCACCAUUGGCACUCAGUCAUGCAAAGUUAUUGAAGCAGAAUUUAGCCAGCUGAGAUGCAUAGUUCCUGCUGGGUCAGCAGGUGUAAAGACUGUUACAGUGACCUUGGGAGAGAUUACAGCAUCUUUAAACAACUCCUUUACAUACAACAACACUCUGAUGGCCACCAUCACUGCUGUCAGCCCACAAACUACAACAGUAUUUGGUCUCAGAGUUCUCACCAUCUUGGGCAGAAAUUUUGAGGUGCAGGUCAAUGGCAGCUCUGUUCUGAUUGGUGAGACCGAGUGUGAAUUGUUGAAGUGGACCAAUGAAAACAUUACCUGCAUGUUACCCACACUCGGCCCAGCUGUAUACGACGUCCGUGUGAGAGUCGGGAACCAGGGCUAUGCCUUAAUCAGUGCUGGUGUUAGUAGCACCAUAGAGUAUGUUCUGAAGGUGUCAGGCCUCUCUCCAUUGAUGGGCUCUAUGUAUGGAGGAACCACCAUCAACAUCACCGGCUCUGGAUUCAGCUCAGUCCCAACAGACAACAAUGUGACUCUGGGAGAUAUACAAUGCCACAUAACCAAAGCCUUAGACCAUCAACUGACGUGUGUAACCCAGCCUACGAACAAAACAUACAUGGUGACAAACCAAGGUUUCCACCCUGUGUAUGGUCAAGGUUACCUCUGGAGUCCCCCUGCACUUAUAGUCUCAGUGGGAGAUACAGUGGGUUGGCACUGGGAGGCUCCGGCUUUUGUUUAUGAUCUCGGCUACAGGGUCUUCAGUGUGUCCAGUCCCAGCAGUACUGAUUAUGAUGGCAUUGUCUUCAACAGCGGAGACACCAAAACAGACAAAGGGUUUUUUGCUUAUCGUUUCACAUCUCCUGGAGUUUAUUACUAUAGCAGCGGUUACAUUGACUACAGUAACCAGACGACAAUGCAGGGUGUAGUCACCGUCAGGCCUCUGGAGGAGAAAACGGUUAAGCUCCAGUUGUCUAUUGCUGGAAUACAGGCCUCUGUGAAUUCAGCCUUGGUGCAAGUAAACUCAUCUGAGUCUGAGUGUGUGGCCACAUCUGAUUGUCUUCAAGGUCAGGUGGGGAGUUCUGAUGGUCUGUACUUCAGUUUUACUUCCUGUGCCAGUCCCACUGUAGAAAAGAUUACUCCUGACCACGGUACCACACAUGACAUCAUCAACAUCCUGGGAUCUGGCUUCAGCAACACUUCCUGUGCAAAUGAGGUCAGAGUUGGAGGUAACCCGUGUCAAAUCAUCAGCAGCACCUCCACUGAGAUUAACUGCAGACUCAGUCCUGACAGUGGUGCUUCAGUGGGCAUCCCCCUACCCGUAACCGUCCGGGUCAACAACCUGGGUACAGCCAUCAUGACAAUGCCAAAAGAGUACGACCGCAGAUUUGUGGUUCUUCCUGUGGUUGAUUCUGUCUCUCCCUCUGUGGGAAGUACAACCGGCCAAACACGUCUCUUCAUCUCAGGUUCUGGUUUCUUGAAUGCAUCUGUUAUGGUAGCAAACACUCCAUGUGACGUGGUUUUUAUGAACUACUCCCACAUAGUGUGUGACACCUCGCCAUCUCAGGCUCGCAGGGGAAACGUUGUAGUUUACAUUAACGGCAUCUUUUCCUCCUGCAGUUCUGAUUGCAAGUUUGUAUAUUCUGCAUCUAUUGCACCAGUUGUCUCCAGUGUGUCCCCUGAUUCUGUUACUGGAAACUCUACUACUGUUUUAAUCACUGGCAGUGGCUUUGGGAACAAUACAGCUGAUAUGAGAGUAUCUGCAGACGACAUUAUACUGAAAGUCACAAAGGUUACAGAUAACAACAUCACACUUUUGGUUGGUGCCCUGCCAGCUGGGGAACAUGCCCUGAAGGUAGUGGUCAUGAGCAAAGGUCUUGCCACAGGAAUCUUCACCCUGACCAGCACACCACAGGCCACCAUCAAACCAACAUCAGGAAGCAUUGCUGGAGGAACUCCACUGUUAAUUGAAGGAAAUGGCUUUGUGGUAGGAAACACCACUGUGAUGUUUGAUUACGACCCCUGCUCUAUUUUGGAAGUAACCCCAGACAGAGUAAAAUGUUUGACACCUCCUCAUUCAGAGGGAGAGGUGCAGGUGGAUAUUUUGGUGUAUGAUGUUGAGUACCCACAACAAAGUUUUAACUACGCACUUGAACAAACUCCAGACAUCACCUCAGUGGACCCUGUAACAGGUCCUGUGGGAACUCUGAUCACUGUGUCUGGUUCAGGGUUUGGCACAGUUGCAGAGCUCAUCUCAGUGGAGAUUGAUGAUGUGAAUUGUGAUGUGACAUCCAUCACAGACACACAGUUGCGGUGCACUGUUGGCAAACACGCAGGAGGAACGUUUCCGGUUAUGUUAUACCAUCAUAUCAAAGGUCAUGCUUUGACACAGUCGGUCUUUAGCUAUGAACUGCUGCUGACAGGUGUCACACCAAAUGAAGGAAGCUAUGCUGGAGGAGCUGUUGUUGAGAUUCAAGGUUCUGGAUUCGACCCAAACUCCACCAGAGUCCUCAUAUGUGACAACGAGUGUACUGCAGACCUGCAGAUCUCCACAUCUACCCAACUGUACUGUGAGGUCCCAUACAGCAAUGUAACAGAUGAAACAGAUCGGGUCUGUGAGGUCGCAGUGAUGAAUGGCAAUGAUACAGUCUACAUCCAAGACGGCUACACAUACAGAUCCUCUUUAACCCCUGUUAUCAGUGAUGUCACACCACGCAGAGGGGGAACUGCCGGAGGCACCAGACUCACCAUUACUGGAUCAGGCUUCAGCGCAAAUGCCAGUGAACUUAACGUGACUAUUGCGGGAUCUGUCUGCGAUGUACAGUCAGCCAGUCAGACCCAGAUUAUUUGUGUGACCAACGCUCAAAACAAAUCACAGGAAACUAAAGUGCGAGUCCUAAUAGGAAACAGAGGAAUCGCCACAAUGGAUCAUGCUGAUUUCUUCUACAUUGAUGUAUGGUCAUCUCCCUAUACAUGGGGUGGUCUCUCUCCUCCUGAGACGGGCACACUGGCUGUAAUCACUGCUGGUCAAACCAUUCUGUUGGACACCAGCACUCCUGUCCUAAAGAUGCUCCUUAUCCAAGGUGGACGGCUGAUUUUUGAUGAGGCAGAUAUUGAGCUACAGGCGGAGAACAUUUUGAUCACAGAUGGUGGAGCUUUACAGAUCGGGACAGAGCAGCAGCCCUUCCAGCAUAAGGCCAUCAUUACACUGCAUGGACACCUGAGAUCUAAAGAAAUUCCUGUCUAUGGUGCUAAGACCCUGGGUGUCAGAGAAGGAGUGCUGGACCUGCAUGGAAUCCCAGUACCUGUACCGUGGACUCGUCUUUCCCAGACUGCACAGAAUGGCUCCAGUACUCUCACACUGAUGGAUGCUGUCACCUGGAAAACUGGAGAUGAGAUUGUCAUUGCUUCAACAGGGGACAGAAAUAGCCAGAGAGAGAAUGAGUUGAGAAGAAUUGCUUCGGUUUCGGCUGAUGGCAGGACCCUCACACUGACCGAACCCCUGACCUACACUCAUCUGGGCGUGUCUGUCACUCUACCCGAUGGUACUGUUUUUGAAGCAAGAGCAGAGGUGGGACUUCUUACCAGAAACAUUGUUGUCCGUGGAUCCAACAACCAACAGUGGAAUGAUCAGAUAACAGCUUGCCCUGAUGGCUUCAACACAGGGGAAUUUGCAGUGCAGACAUGUUACCAGGGGAGAUUUGGUGAGGAAAUUGGAAGUGAUGAGUUUGGUGGUUGCAUCAUGUUUCAUGCACCACAACCUGACCAGAAUCUGGCAAUUGGCAGAAUUGAAUAUGUUGAGGUUUAUCAUGCUGGACAGGGGUUCCGCCUGGGGCGACACCCAAUCCACUGGCAUCUAAUGGGUGAUGUUCAGUAUAAGUCAUAUGUGCGUGGCUGUGCCAUACAUCAAUCUUACAACCGUGCUGUGGCCAUCCGCAACACCCACAACCUGCUGGUGGAGUAUAAUGUCAUCUACGAUAUUAAAGGUGGUGCCUUCUUUAUCGAAGAUGGCACUGAGACCGGAAACAUCUUGCAGAACAAUUUGGCUGUAUUUGUAAGACAGAGCACAAGUUUGCUAAAUGACGAUAUUACUCCAGCUGCAUACUGGGUAACUAACCCAAAUAACACAAUUAGACAUAAUGCAGCAGCUGGUGGGACGCACUUCGGUUUCUGGUACCAGAUUGAUAAUUGUCCUGAUGGUCCAUCAUCAUAUGAUAACAACAUCUGUCCGAAUAAAAUAUCCCUUGGAGAGUUUUUUAACAAUACAGUGCAUUCACAGGGCUGGUAUGGAUUGUGGAUCUUCCAAGAGUAUUUUCCUGUGCUGAAUGAAGUCUACUACUCUACAAAACCAGUCCCAGCAGUCUUCCGCCGCCUGACCUCCUGGAACAAUGAGAAAGGUGCUGAGUGCGUGAACGUUGGAGCUGUGCAGUUCAGUGAGUUCCUCAUGGUCAAUAAUGAGAAAGCAGGAGUGGCAACCAAGAGGAUCACAUGGGACUAUGUCAGUGGAUGGGGGCUGGAAGGAGGUGCAGCUGUGGUCAACAGCACCAUUGUGGGUCACCUGGAUGAACUGGGAAAUGAUUACUGCACCACACUUGGUGUUGUUCUGCCUCUGGAUGAUGGUUUGAGUGUCAUCAACACCAAUUUUGUGAACUUCAACCGGGUAUCAUGCGCAGCUGUUGGGGUGGCAGAAGUUAUUGGAACCUGUACAUCUCACUGUGGAGGCUGGAGCGCGAGGUUUGGUGGGAUCCGAUUCAAUCAGUCACCCAACAAGGCCAGGUUCAGAUGGGAGCAUGAGGUGGUGCUUGUGGAUACUGAUGGAUCCCUGACAGGGAAAUUUAACUCCAAGGUGGUGCCAAUGAGUAACCUGCUCGAUCCAAGUCACUGCUCUCAAGUAGCAGAUUGGAGUGUCGGUGUUCCUGGGGCAGUUUGUGACAACACCAUUAACUUCCAUCGUUUGGUUUUCAACAAUCCGUAUCCAGAAUCACUUCGGUAUAACAAUGUGACUCUUACCAACUCUUUUGGGUCAUGUGAGCUACCUUAUCUUGAAACGCUUGUGACUGACAAUAAUGGCUGGAUGGCAUUGGUGCCUUCAAACCAAACCUAUAACUGGUACUUUGAGGAUGGUUAUCAAAUCAGCACCAUAUCAUAUACUGGAAUGUUCUACGGCUUUAAGCCAGAGGAUUAUAUCAUUCUGACUCACAACUUUACUCAAGAUUUUGAAGGGUUCUGGUUUAACAUUAUAGAAUACCGAAAAGGUCCCUCACAGCUCCUGAACCCUGCUGUGAAUGUAAAUGGAGACUGGUACUUCAACAAGGAUUCAUACAGCGUCUAUUACUUGGUGUCUGGAAGAGAUCAUGUCUUUCGGUCGAUAAGCAGUGUGGACCGUUCGCUUAAAGACAUACAUGUAGACUUCUAUUCAUAUCCGUGUGACUAUCAGAACUGUAUCGAACCAACACAACCUCCAACAACUUCACCUCCAACUCCUUUAACUGGUCAAUCUGGUCAAGGUGGUACACCUUAUUACCCUGGUCUGGAUUUUCCAUCUGAAACUUGGGGCAAUUCGUCCAGCCCCAGACCUGAAGACAUAUGUACUCCCUGGUCAAAUACAUUAUUUUGGAGGUCAAGCCCAGAAAACAACUACGCUGUACCACAAACAGACUCUGAUGUGGUCAUUCCAUUAGGGAUAUGUGUGGUUGUAGACAUUGAAAUUCCUUCCCUGAACAAGCUGACAAUAUUUGGAGUUUUGGUGAUACCAGACACAAAUAAUGGCACGGCAAACAUCGGUGGUUCUCAAUAUAACAACAUUGUUCUUGAAGUCACAUACAUCUCCAUUCAGGGUGGCCAACUAAUUGCUGGGCGGGCUGAUGAACCCUUCAGAGGUGAACUACAGAUCAUACUGAAAGGAAACCAUUUCACACCAGAUUGGCAUUUGCCUGGAAUAAACCAAGGGUCUAAAGUGCUGGGUGUGUUUGGAUCUCUUGAUCUGUAUGGCAUGCCACACAAUGUGUAUCACACUAAGCUGGCUAAAACGGUCCAAGCGGGAAACAACGCUCUCUCUCUGGAGGAAACUGUUGACUGGAAGGUUGGAGAUCAGAUUCUGCUGUCCACCACCAGUUAUGACCCACGGCAGACAGAAAUUCGCACCAUAAAUGCAGUCUCAGAUGAUGGCCGCACACUGAUCCUGGAUCGGCCUGUAUCAUACACACACAUUGGAAAAAGGUACAACGUUCCAGGAUCUUCUAGAAGCUAUCAGCUUGCAGGGAAUGUGGGUCUGUUGACCAGAAACAUCAAGAUCAUUGGACAGGAGUAUCCAGCCAUGAACACACAGUCUUAUGGAGCAAGAGUACUGGUGGCCACUGUCCCAGGAGGAGACUACAGAGUAAGAGCUCAGAUCAGAAACGUUGAGUUCUACCACACAGGACAGGAGGGAUGGAACGACCCAUCAGAUCCACGUUACUCUCUGGCGUUUCUGAACCUGGGAGAUGUGGCUGGUGAGUCCUACAUCAAGGGAUGUGCUUUCCAUGAUGGCUUUGCUCCUGCUAUUGGGGUGUUUGGAACAGAUGGACUGAAUAUUGAUGACAACGUGAUCCAUCACACUGUUGGAGAAGGAAUCAGAAUAUGGGGCGAUAACAGUGCUGUCCGGAGAAACUUGGUCACUAUGACACUGUGGCCAGGAUCCUACAAUGGUGCAGCGGAGACUUUAAACACUGAAUGGAAUGCAGCCAUUGAGGUUAGUGAAGCAACCAAUGUGAUUCUUCAAGGGAAUAUUGUUGCUGGUUAUGAACGAGUGGGAUUCAGAAUUGAUGGAGAACCUUGUCCAGACACAUAUUCAGUGGCCCAGUGGAGUGAUAAUGAAGCACAUGGUGGUCUGUAUGGAGUCUACAUGAAUAAAGACGGACUUGCUGGUUGCUCUCAAAUCCAGGGGUUCACCGUCUGGAAAAGUUUUGAUUUUGGCAUUUACGUUCAAGUAUCUAUGAAUGUGUACAUCUCUAAUGUGACUUUAGUUGAUAAUGGAAUGGGCAUCAUGCCUAUAAUCUACAGUCCUCCAUCUGUCAGCCACGAAUACGAUGACAAAACCGUCUAUGUACAGGAGUCUCUGAUUGUGGGCAGCAGCCCUGAUUUUAACUGUCUGGACAAACUGGCAACAACUGAGACAUACGUUGCACUCAGCAAAAGCCACAGGGCUCCACGACCCCCUAAAGGUGGCAGGUCUGGAGUUUGCUGGCCGACGUUUGAAUCUGACCACAACCAAGCACCACAGAAACCUCACCCUGGACUCACGAGCUACAACGCCAUAGCCGGUUUACUGACGGUCUCUGAUACAACAUUUGUUGGGUUCAGAAAUGUGUGUUCCACUGAAAGAAAUUACAUGUUCAUGACCAACCCAGGAAAUGAGGACCUACAACAUCCAAUCAGUGUUGAGAGGAUCUCUAAGAUAGACAGCACUGAAGAAUCUCUAGCAUUCAUUCAUAACCCUGAUCUCAGUAAAGUGAACCCAUCAGCCUGUGUGGACAUGGACUGUGAUGCUAAGAAGAAGACUCUGUUGAAGGAUCUGGAUGGAAGUUUCUUGGGUGCAGUAGGAGCAGUGGUGCCGUAUUCAGAGUACGAGUGGAACGGAGACCCGCGGCAUGGAUUGGGUGAUUACCGCAUCCCUAAAGUCAUGCUCACUGCUCUCAACGGCAGCCGCAUACCUGUCAAUCAAAUAGCUCCUAAUAAAGGUGUGAUCAGAGACUCUUGUACAUACAUGAACACCUGGCAGAGCUACAAGUGCUUUGGACUCAAUUAUCAGAUGCUGGUUAUUGAAAGUCUGGAUGCAGAUACAGAGACAAGACGUCUUUCACCUGUGGCCAUCCUGGGGGACAAAUAUGUAGAUUUACUGAAUGGCCCGCAAGAUCACAGCUGGUGUACAGGCUACGCCUGUAAGAAGAGAGUCUCUCUGUUUCACAGCAUUGUAGCCACCAAUAAGUCCUUUGAUAUCUAUUUCACCAGCACAACACCACAGAAGCUGAGACUUAUGAUGCUAAACGCUAUAACUACAGAGGCUGUUAGGGUGGCUAUAUUUUACUCAAACUCUCAGCGGUUAGACGUGUAUGUAAACGACAAUUUAGUUGCUCCGACUAAUGCUCAGUGGAAUCCAGACUACACAGAUUACACACCGAUUGAGCCGACAUAUCCAGGUGAAUAUCUUCCAAGUUUAGACUCCGAUCACGGUUCCAACUUCUUUGACCCAGACUACAACAUGUUGUACAUACUUCUUCGUGGCUCACAACCGGUGCAGAUCCGCACUUCCCCGCUUCUUUUUGUGUCCUUCAACCUCCCGGCCAUGACUGAGGCAGAGUUCUUUGGACCUAAUUUGGUCACAAAUCUGGCUGCAUUCCUCAGAGUACCACCGAAUAUGAUUCGAAUCACCAAGAUCAUCCGUGAGGGCAGCAGUGCACGAAGACGGCGUGCAACUGGACUCACGGUUGAGAUUCAGAUCAGUCAGCCACCCAUCCAGACCAUCAGCAUCGACAACACCACCAGCACCACUGUUGAAGAUGAGCAGCAGUUUGUAAUUCUGAGGAACGCUGCUGAUGAACUGGGCCGUGCUGCUGUAUCAGGUGAUCUGAGUCAAUCCAUCGGCUUCAAUGUGUCUUCUCUGGACAUGAUCACCCCUCCACCCUCUUCCAGUGACCCAUCCUGGAGUCAAGUGGCCACUCAGGAGGUGACUCGUGAAGACCCACAGGUGGAGUCGGUCAGCACAGUGUCUUCACUGAUAAUUGUGGUCCAACCGGUGGCUGCACUGUACCCUGGACCCCUCAGCGUGCAGCCCAGCAUCAUGGCUGUGGAUGCAGAGGGUAACUGUGUGUCUGUUGGUGUGACGAGUCUAGCAAUCUUAGCUGAACUCAAAGAUGCUAAUGGGAAUCCAGCAGAAGGACUUUCUGGAAACACAUCUAUUCUGUUUAAUGGCUGCUGGGCAAAUUACACCGACCUCAGCAUCUUAAACACUGGUGUGAACCUGAAGUUGUCAUUUACUCUGAAUGAAUGGAAUGCUGAGUCGAGAUCCUUUACUGUUAGAGAGGUUACAACUCCAGCUCAACCACCAGUGGCAACUCCUGCACCUGUUGUUGUCACCCCGGAGUGGGACUUUCCAAGCAUCUUUGACUCCAGUCCAUUUAUCUCAUCACCAUCUGUGUGUCUGCUCGUGCUUUUGAGCAGUUUACUCCUCCUGCUUAGAGAAACCUAGGAACAAAUCUUCUCUGUUAACCCUUAAAAUCCAUAUUACGCAUUUUCUCAUAAUUAUAUACAGAUAUUCAUUAAUCAUUAUUUAGGCCAACAUUCUAUAAUGAUUCAUAAUCAGUACUAAACAUCUAUUACUUCUGGCAAAAUUAAACUUUUAAUAUAUUUUAACUUUGAAUAUUUAAAUAUUAAUAUGUCUAUUUCCUUAUACUUAAAUGUAAGCAUAUUUACACUCUUUCUUCUAUCACCAAU